AACCUCUCUCUCUCUACCCUUUGGCAAUUUGCACAAUUUGCAAAGCACCUUUAUCGUUCUUUCCUAUGCUACUUCAGUUUGGUUUCUAAUUUCAGAUGUUUGCCACUUACUCUCACUAGGGUUUCCCUUCUGCAGGUGGUGGAUGUCAUCUCUUCCCUGAAUUAUGAGUGUGCUGUGAAAAUGGUGAGACAGAAGAUUCAGAUCAAGAAGAUCGAUAACUUGACGGCACGCCAGGUGACCUUUUCAAAGAGAAGAAGAGGGGUUUUCAAGAAGGCUCAAGAACUCUCUACUCUUUGUGAUGCUGAGAUAGCCCUAAUUGUUUUUUCUGCCACUGGAAAACUCUUCCAUUAUUCUAGCUCAAGCAUGAUGCAACUAAUUGAAAGGCAUAGAGGGCAAGCAGAAAACUCAGACAAAUUAGGACAACCAUCUUUCCAACUUCUGGAAAAUAAUGGCUAUGGAAUGCUCAGCAAGGUACUCAUGGACAAGACUCGUGAGUUGAGGCAACUCAAGGGAGAAGAUCUCCAUGAACUUGACAUGGAUGAGUUGAUCAGACUAGAGAAGACGGUAAUGGGAGGACUAAACCAUGUCGUUGAAGCAAAGAAUGACAAGUUCUUGAAAGAGAUUAGUUUGCUCAGGAAAAAGGAAUCUGAAUUAAUGGAAGAAAAUGCUAAGUUGAAACAGCUAGCCGAAAAAUUUGAAGUCACUGGAAAUGGUACUGAGCAAAGCAAUUCAUCUGAGUGCAUCACCAAUAUUUCUCAUGGUUCUGAUACUUCCCUCAGGCUGGGCUUACCUUUCACCUUCGGAAGAUGAGGCCAGGAGACUCCAACCCAGAAGAAUAGUUGUCCAUUUUCUUAGUAGGAUAUAUUUAUAAAUUAUAAUGUUAGUCAUUGCCAAGAAGGCUAAAUGCUUAUCCUUCUCCAAUCAACAAAAGAAUGGUGCAUGCAUGUUUGGGCUUUAUAUAUUUCGAUUAUUCGAGA